CGCCGCGCCUGCCUGCUCUUAAAGGGCCCGCACCCGGGAAAACUCGCCGGGCCGCGCGGCGUCCCGUGGGUACCAGCUAUCACGCCCCUAACCCUCAGACUCUCCUCCCUUUGCGACCACCCCCGCCGCUGGCUUCCUCUCCCUCCCUUCCUCCCCUUUCCCGGCGUCUGCAGGCUCCCAGCAACCAGCCGCCUCCUUGCUCACCGUCCUGGCGGGCGGCCGCAAGGUGUCCGGGCCGUGCUCAGCCGCUCGUGAGCUGGGGCCCCUUCCACUGGCCGUUCCCCACACUUUCUCCUUCCCUUCCCUGCCGCCCCCUCCCCUCCUGGGCCCCUAUGAGCGUCUCUGCGGCUCCAGGGAAGAGACGUUUCCUAAUCUCAGGCCGGGGUUAAAGUUCUGGUCCUGGUGAGAUGCUGGAAGCUGCGGCCGGAGCCGCAACCUGUCCGGGAGGUGUCCUGUCGCCUGUCGCUGCCGCCGCCACCACUGCUACCGCCACCACUGCCGCCCUGCCAGGGCCAUGUUCGCUCUGGGCUUGCCCGUCUUGGCGCUCCUGGUGGCCUCGGUCGAGAGCCAUCUGGGGCUUCUGGGGCCCAAGAACGUCUCGCAGAAAGACGCCGAGUUUGAGCGCACCUACGUGGAUGAGGUCAAUAGCGAGCUGGUGAACAUCUACACCUUCAACCACACUGUGACCCGAAACAGGACAGAAGGUGUGCGUGUGUCCGUGAAUGUCCUGAACAAGCAGAAGGGGGCUCCUUUGCUGUUCGUGGUCCGCCAGAAGGAGGCUGUGGUAUCCUUCCAGGUGCCCCUAAUCCUGCGAGGGCUGUAUCAGCGCAAGUACCUUUACCAAAAGGUGGAACGAACACUGUGUCAGCCCCCCACCAAAAAUGAGUCUGAGGUCCAGUUCUUCUAUGUGGAUGUGUCCACCUUGUCACCAGUCAACACCACGUAUCAGCUCCGGGUCAGCCGAAUGGAUGACUUUGUGCUCAGGACUGGAGAGCAGUUUAGCUUCAAUACUACAGCAGCCCAGCCUCAGUACUUCAAGUAUGAGUUCCCGGAGGGAGUGGAUUCAGUGAUUGUCAAGGUAACCUCCAACAAGGCCUUCCCCUGCUCAGUCAUCUCUAUCCAGGAUGUCCUGUGCCCUGUCUAUGAUCUAGACAACAAUGUAGCUUUCAUCGGCAUGUAUCAGACUAUGACCAAGAAGGCAGCCAUCACUGUGCAGCGCAAAGACUUCCCCAGCAACAGCUUCUAUGUGGUGGUGGUGGUGAAGACAGAAGACCAAGCCUGUGGGGGUUCCUUGCCUUUUUACCCCUUUGUAGAAGAUGAACCGGUUGAUCAAGGGCACCGCCAGAAAACCCUGUCAGUGCUGAUAUCUCGAGCAGUCACAUCUGAGGCGUAUGUGGGUGGGAUGCUCUUUUGCCUGGGCAUAUUCCUCUCCUUCUACCUGCUGACCGUCCUUCUGGCCUGUUGGGAGAACUGGAGGCAGAGGAAGAAGACCCUUCUGGUGGCUGUGGACCGAGCCUGCCCAGAAAGCGGUCACCCUCGGGCCCUGGCUGACUCCUGCCCUGGCAGCGCCUCUUAUGAGGGUUACAACUACGGCUCCUUUGAGAACUGUUCUGGAUCCACCGAGGGUCUGGUUGGCAGUGCGGGCACUGGGGAGCUCUCCUACACUUACCAGGGACACGACCAGUUCAAGCGGCGCCUCCCCUUUGGCCAGAUGCGGCAGCUGUGCAUUGCCAUGGACCGCUCUCUUGACCCUGUGGGCACUCGGCCACGACUGGACUCCUUGAGCUCUGUGGAGGAGGAUGACUACGACACGUUGACCGAUAUCGAAUCAGACAAGAACGUCAUUCGCACCAAGCAAUACCUCUAUGUGGCUGACCUGGCACGCAAGGACAAACGCGUUCUGCGAAAAAAGUACCAGAUCUACUUUUGGAACAUUGCCACCAUUGCCGUCUUCUAUGCGCUUCCUGUGGUGCAGCUGGUGAUCACCUACCAGACGGUGGUGAAUGUCACAGGGAAUCAGGACAUCUGCUACUACAACUUCCUCUGCGCCCACCCGCUGGGCAACCUCAGCGCCUUCAACAACAUACUCAGCAACUUGGGGUACAUCCUGCUGGGGCUGCUCUUCUUGCUCAUCAUCUUGCAGCGGGAGAUCAACCACAACCGGGCCCUGCUACGCAAUGACCUCUAUGCUCUGGAAUGUGGGAUCCCCAAACACUUCGGCCUGUUCUAUGCCAUGGGCACAGCCCUGAUGAUGGAGGGCCUGCUAAGCGCUUGUUAUCACGUCUGCCCCAACUAUACCAAUUUUCAGUUUGACACAUCGUUUAUGUACAUGAUUGCUGGGCUCUGCAUGCUGAAGCUCUACCAGAAGCGGCACCCAGACAUCAACGCCAGUGCCUACAGCGCCUACGCCUGCUUGGCCAUUGUCAUCUUCUUUUCCGUGCUGGGCGUGGUCUUUGGCAAAGGGAACACGGCGUUCUGGAUCAUCUUCUCGGUCAUUCACAUUAUUGCCACCCUGCUCCUCAGCAUACAGCUCUAUUACAUGGGCCGCUGGAAGCUGGACUCGGGGAUCGGCCGUCGCAUUCUCCACGUGCUCUACACAGACUGCAUCCGGCAGUGCAGCGGGCCCCUCUACGUGGACCGCAUGGUGCUGCUGGUCAUGGGCAACAUAAUCAACUGGUCACUGGCUGCCUAUGGCCUCAUUAUGCGCCCCAAUGAUUUUGCCUCCUACUUGUUGGCCAUCGGCAUCUGCAAUCUGCUUCUUUACUUUGCCUUCUACAUCAUUAUGAAGCUCCGAAGCGGGGAAAGGAUCAAGCUCAUCCCCCUGCUCUGCAUCGUCUGUACCUCGGUGGUCUGGGGCUUUGCACUCUUCUUCUUCUUCCAGGGACUCAGCACCUGGCAGAAAACCCCCGCCGAGUCACGGGAGCACAACCGGGACUGCAUCCUUCUUGACUUCUUUGAUGACCAUGACAUCUGGCACUUCCUGUCCUCUAUCGCCAUGUUUGGGUCAUUUCUGGUGUUGCUGACCCUGGAUGACGACCUGGACACCGUGCAGCGGGACAAGAUCUAUGUCUUCUAGUGGGAGCUGAGCCCCCUUGCUUCAUUCAUGGGGCCCUGAGCUCCUAUGCUUCACUGCCCGGAGCCUCUUUAGUGCCUGGGGUGUGAGUCCCAGCCCUGCUGCCCAGUGCUGGGUAGUGGCGGGACAUGAGGCCUAGACCAAGCCUGGCCUGGGACAGUCACAGGGAUGGCCUUGAGCCUUGCAGCUGCCCUCUGCGGGGGAGGAGGCCUGUUCCCCUUCAACCCCAGAUACUGGCUAAAUUGCUGCUAUCUUCUCAGUGUUGGACCCUUCUGUGGUCCUUAUCUUUGGCUCUCUGUUUGUCCCUCUGCAAGAGGAAGGAGGGAAGUGUUGCCCGCCCAUCUCAUGCGUCACAUUCUGCCCGCCAGUCCCCCAACCUACCAUCCCCUACCCUCGCUCCCCCACCCCUCCCUCACCCCAAUCCUGGGGCCCAAAGCCAUUUCUGCCUCAGUCUGGGGCCUGAUUCUCUGUCCUGCACCAGGGCCCCACUUCUUUUUGGGGUUAUAUUUGGCUGCCAUCACUGCCCACUCUGGUCAGCCAGGAUAGAUAGGGAUGGAGGAUUUUGGAGGCUGGCCAGCUGGUUCCAGGCCUUUGGUGCUAAGACCUGUGAAGGUCUGUGGCUGGCUCUUUGGCAGUGAGGGUCAGCCUAUAUGUGAGAACCAACUUUGAUCUGAGGUGUCACCUUCUUAUUACAUCAGCCCCCAUACUGCUGCUGGCACCAGGAUUGGAAAGAAAAAGCAACUGACCCUUUUUCUUCCUUUUUUUUUCCAGGCCCUUAAUCCUGCCAAGCUCCUGCUAGGGGCCUUUCAGUGCCAUUGACAUUACCCAAGAAUGUCGAGGGGCGAAGGAGGGAGGAUUCAAAGAGCCCAGCCCAUCCUGCCUCCUCCACAGCCACAGGAGCCCCAGUGCCUAUCUUAGAAAGGGGCUCAAGAAAGGGACAUGACAUUUCCCUCUAUGUCUCCGGUCUCAGCCUCACUCUAGGACCGAGGGCUGGCUCCUAAAUUUCCGUCCUUCUUCUGCCAAGUUCUAUGUUGGUCACACACAUGCGUAUAUGUGAAACCUUGGAGUUUACACUGAGUGGCCCCAGCUCUGGGACCUCUGGCUGCUCUGGUACUAGGGUCCCCUUCACCCUACCUGGUCCAUUCCAGAUGCCAAGGUUGGGGAGGUCAGGUCAAGCCUUUGCCUCACAGAUGGGAAUGUGUUUUAUUCUCCCCAACUUGUUUUUAUAGCUCUCCUUUGGGCUGGGGAGAGGAGGUGGGUCUGGAUCUUUUUUCAGAACUCUGUUUAAUGUCUGUUUCCAUGCUACAGUUGCAUUUCUGUUUUCUAUGAACGAGUCAGCAUUCAAUUAAAGAAACAACCAGAUGCA